AUGAAUAAAGAAUUGAAAGCUUUGGAAGACAAUGAAACAUGGGAGUUAAUUGUUUUGCCUAAAGACAAGCAAGCUAUUGGGUCUAAGUGGGUUUACAAGACAAAAUUAAGACCAGAUGGGACAGUUGAGAGAUAUAAGGCAAGGUUGGUUGCUAUUGGGUAUCAACAAAUUGCUGGUCAAGACUUCAAUCAGACUUUUUCACCUGUAGCAAAGCUGGCCACAAUCAGGGUUGUUAUUUCUCUUGCAGCAGUAAAGCACUGGCCUCUCUACCAGCUUGAUGUCAAUAAUGCGUUUUUACAUGGCUUUUUAGAUGAGGAAGUUUGCAUGCUUCCACCUGCUGGAUAUACAAAGGCUAAGAUUUGA